AACAAAUUGACUUUACAUGACGAUUACAUGAUGCAUCAUAGUUGGAACGGGCAAGCCGACAACAUCUACUGGUGUUACGAAGGUUAUUGGUGCAAGGUUUUAAGAGGUACAUCCAGAAGGCAUUUUUUUACUUCGCAAUCUAUCACAGAAAUAAAUUCCUCCAUCAUCACAGAGCCGACUUCGCAAGGUUGAAAAUCCGAGGAGGAAUCGACGACCGAGUCUGGACUGAAAGUGGACAACCUAAGAUGCACUCUGUGAGAUGUAAUCUCCUGAGGUUUCUCCAAAUGAAAACACAUUUUUCAUUAGAAAUCAUGCGUUUUCACGAAAUCUCCAAUUAGUGCAUGACUGAAGACAUUGUUGCAUGCUAGUUGAAGAUGGCUGCCUAUUUGAACCGAAGUGGCGGUGGCAUGCCUACUUCUGUCGUACAAAAUCUGACUGUUUCACCAUCUGACUCACGGCACAACUCUUCUCCCCUACAGAGAUUCGUCAAAGGCAAACGUAAAAUCAACGACAUAUUUUAUGAAAUAGAAGAUUAUGUACUGGAUUCAGGCAAUUACGUCGCAACGCUUAAAAAAGAAAACAAAAAUAUAAUCGAUGAAAAGGAAGUUAACCUGGUCGUCGGAUAUGUCCAGAAAGUUAAAGGAAUACGUGAUGUUUUAUCAAGAGAUCACAUGAAAGUUGCUUUCUUCGGAAGAACGAGCAAUGGAAAAAGUAGCGUUAUAAAUGCUAUGCUAAGAGAUAAAAUACUACCUUCCGGUAUUGGCCAUACCACAAAUUGCUUUCUUCAAGUUGAAGGUUCAGAAAACGGGGAGUCUUAUUUAAUGACCGAGGACUCCCAAGAAAAACAAAAUGUCAAGUCUGUUGGCCAACUUGCUCAUGCACUGUGUGAAGAGAAACUAUCAGAAAGCAAGCUAGUCCGAAUAUUUUGGCCAAGAGAUAAAUGUUUUCUGCUAAGAGACGAUGUUGUUUUUGUUGACUCUCCAGGCAUUGAUGUAUCACCAAAUUUAGACGAAUGGAUAGACAAACAUUGCCUUGACGCUGAUGUCUUUGUUUUGGUUGCCAACGCAGAAUCCACACUUAUGGUCACGGAAAAGAACUUUUUCCACAAAGUUUCAACUCGACUUUCGAAGCCGAACAUUUUCAUACUUAACAACCGAUGGGAUGCCUCAGUGUCUGAAGCCGACAUGCAAGACCAGGUGCGACAGCAGCACUCCGAGAGAGCGGCUGAGUUUUUAGUCAAAGAGCUUAAAGUAUGCACACCGAAAGAAGCAAGCGAGAGAAUUUUCUUUGUAUCGGCCAAAGAAGUUCUUCAGGCGCGUCUGCAAGAAGAAAAAGGCCUUCCGUCACAAAGUGGAGCACUCGCAGAUGGAUUUACAAAUCGAUACUUUGAAUUUCAAGAUUUUGAAAGAAAGUUCGAAGAGUGUAUAUCAAAGUCUGCCAUCAAAACGAAAUUUGAACAACAUUCGCAGCGAGGGAAAUCAAUCGCACUUGAUAUAAGGGAUGUCAUGGAAACAGUUUACGAGCGUGCGCUCGCAAUGCAGAAAGAAAAGGCUAUCAUCAAAAAAGAAGUCAACGAUAAAUUAAAUUAUACCGAACAACAGCUACUUUUGAUCACACAAGAGAUGAAAGAAAAGAUCCACCACAUGGUCGAAGAUGUAGAACAAAGGGUAUCUAAAGCACUGAGUGAAGAAAUAAGAAGAUUGUCUUCAUUGGUUGAUGAAUUCAAUCUGCCAUUCCAUACAGAUCUACUUGUUUUGAAUGUUUACAAAAAGGAACUACACUUACAUGUCGAAAAUGGACUGGGGAGUAACUUGAGAGCAAGACUUUCGACAGCUCUAGCUAUGAAUAUUGAAGCCAGUCAGCGUGAAAUGACAGACCGUAUGUGUGCCUUACUUCCGGAUAAAACGCGCCAACUUUCAAAUUCAGUCAUACCAAGACGGGAACCGUUUGAAGUACUGUACCGGCUCAAUUGUGAUAACCUAUGUGCUGAUUUCCAAGAAAAUCUAGAGUUUAGAUUUUCAUGGGGCAUAUCUGCUAUCAUAAAUCGUUUCUGCACGAAGAGCCAAAAGCCUUCUAUAGCAAACCACCAUCCUCCUGCGAACUACCAAACUAUGUUGUCACCAUGCAGCGAUAUAGCGGAAAUGAAUUAUUACCAGCCUCAGCCAGUCACGCCAGUUUCUAGUUUUAUAAGACCGGAGGACGUUUCUAUCGCGUCUAAAUUGGCUUUGGCCUCUAUCGGCUCACAGGGAACAAUGGGGUGCUUUCUCCUGGCUGGAAUGACAUUGAAAACCGUCGGGUGGAGAGUAAUUGCUGUUACCUCCGCUUUGUACGGUUGCCUUUAUUUAUACGAAAGGCUUACGUGGACCAACAAAGCAAAAGAAAGGGAAUUUAAGCGGCAGUAUGUUGACCAUGCCACAAAGAAGCUCAAGAUGAUCGUAGAUUUAACAUCUGCCAACUGCAGCCACCAAGUCCAACAGGAACUUUCGAGUACAUUUGCUCGUCUGUGUCACCUGGUGGAUGAGGCGACUACGUACAUGAGUAAGGAUAUGAAAGAUUUAGAAUUGGAACUCAGAGGUCUUGAGGAGGCGGCCAACUCUGCUAAAGUGCUUAGAAACAAGGCUAAUUAUCUAACAAAAGAACUUGACAUGUUCGAUGAAGUAUAUUUAAAAGAGUAAACCCCGCCCAGGAACUUCUCGCUUCAGAUUUAAAUUGUUUUAACGCUGGGCGAUUUGCUAGUACUUGUAUAGUGAUGAGAUAUUUAAAAAAAAAAAGUUUUAUUGUUUUUUCAAAAUCACAAAAAAAAUUUUUAAUUGUAAACAGUUAUAACAUCACAGUUUUUCAUUUGAGAUUAACAGAAAAAAAAAAAUCAUUUUUUUCAAAUUUCUCCAAUCAAUUUUCAGGGUAUGCAGAUGAACGUUAAUCUGUAAUUUUUUUCAAAUUUACAAAAAAUGGUUUUAUUUUGAAUAAUAAAAUAUGUAGUAACAUUUUUUGUUAAAACUGAUAUCAAAUAUAAUGUUAUCCUGUACAUAUUAUUAAGCUAUUCUUGGAACUAUUUCAAUCAUAGUCCUAGUCAAUAGUUAUUUGAUUGAUGUUUCGUUUGUUGAAAAUAAACACGUUAAACAUA